UAAACUAUCUUGACGGAACAAGUUAAAUUCAGGGGAAACUUUCAGUUUGCGCCACUUGCUUCCCGUAAACAGGGUAGAUGCAGGGUUAGCUGAGCAGGUGCCAGACAGUCAGGGUGAACGCUGUAGUUUUUGCAGCUGGUGAGCUUCCCAGUGUUUGUGUGGACAGGCAAGCUAACAUUAAGUGAAUAUGAGGUUCAGCGCUGUAGUCGUGUGUGUGUUCCUGCUUUGGGUUGAGGGGUCUUUGGGGGACACACCGGCUAACUGCACCUAUGAGGACCUGCUAGGGACAUGGGUGUUCCAGGUGUCCAAAGGAGGGCACGACAAGACCGUCAACUGCUCUGCUGAAGCCACAGGUGAGAGGACAGUGACUGUAACCCUGGAGAAACUGUCUGUAGCCACAAAUGAGCUGGGACACAUGGGCUUCUUCACCCUCAUCUACAACCAGGGCUUUGAGGUGGUCCUCGGAGACUACAAAUGGUUUGCCUUUUUCAAGUACACCCAGGAUGGCUCGAAGGUGACCAGCUACUGUGACCAAACCCUGCCAGGGUGGGUCCAUGAUGUCCUGGGACGCAACUGGGCCUGUUUUGUGGGCAAGAGGGUGAAGCCUGUGCCACCGAGAUCAGAUUCCAAGCCAGUCCUCAGCAGCGGACUGCUCCCGAAGCCGUACAAACACAACUGGGACUUCAUUGAUUUAAUCAACACCGUUCAAAGCUCCUGGAAGGCUGUGGCGUAUCCCGAGCAUGAGAUGUACACUUUACAAGAGCUGCAUUACAGAGCAGGGGGCCCCGCCUCCCGUAACCCCGUACACGUUCGCCCUGCCCCUGUAGAUGCUGGUUUAGCCAAGAUGGCGGCAGCCCUCCCUGAGCAUUGGGACUGGAGAAACGUUGAUGGUGUCAGCUUUGUCAGCCCUGUGAGAAACCAAGCAUCCUGCGGUAGCUGCUACUCCUUCGCCACCAUGGGAAUGCUGGAAGCUCGAGUUCGGAUCCUCACAAAUAACAGCGAUGCCCCUGUCCUCAGUCCUCAGCAGGUGGUCUCCUGCUCUGAAUACUCCCAAGGUUGUGACGGGGGCUUCCCUUACCUGAUCGGGAAGUAUAUACAGGAUUUUGGCAUUGUGGAAGAGUCUUGCUUUCCAUACAUUGCAAAGGACUCUCCAUGUGGCCUUCCUCAAAACUGCGGUCGAAUGUACACAGCAGAGUACGGGUACGUUGGCGGAUUCUACGGCGGCUGCAGUGAGACGGCAAUGAUGCUGGAACUGGUCAAGAAUGGGCCGAUGGCAGUUGCUUUGGAGGUCUACUCUGACUUCAUGCACUACAAGGGAGGCAUCUACCACCACACCGGCCUCGCAGACUCCAUUAAUCCCUUUGAGGUGACCAACCACGCUGUUCUGCUGGUGGGCUACGGCCGCUGUCACAAGACCGGACAGAAGUACUGGAUUGUCAAGAACAGCUGGGGCGCCCAAUGGGGCGAGGAAGGCUACUUCCGAAUUCUCCGGGGAAGAGACGAGUGUGCCAUCGAGAGCAUCGCUGUCACAGCCAAACCCAUCCCCAAACUGUAGAGGCUUUUAAAAGAUCUGGAGAAAUUAGUGCCUUGAUCACAAUUCUGAAUCAUUUAUAUUUUAUGUAUUUUGUUGUAAUCUUGGUUGAAAAUGUGGAGCUAUAAUUGGUCACACGGAAAGCUGCAGUCUGACUUUUUGACAGGUUGACCUAACACAUGCAUAAAUGCAUGAAAAGUUACUGAUUAAAUUUUUUAUGCAAAUAUUUCUCGACCCAGACUGUGACCGUAUACUUUUAGUGUACUAAAGAGUUUUUAACAUGUUAAACCUAAAAACGGAAGCAUCAUUUACCAGUCUUCAAAAAGCGAAAUGUUUACAGAAGUGCUAUGAAUAAAUUAAACUGGUUUUGAAACACUCCUGUAUAAAAUAUUUUAAAACACAACCACUGUAUUUGAUUUCAAGUUGCUCCACACACUAUUAGUUUUACAGCUUUAUCCUCCAAAGUUUAUUGACCUAGAUACAGUUGAUUUGCUUCUUGAUGUUGAAUAUAGUGUUUUUAUUCAUCAUUUUACUUAUAUGUUUGCUGAUUUUUAUUCAAUUCAAUUCAAAGAUACUUUAUUGAUCCCCGAGGGGAAAUUAAAAUGCAGCUGGUUGUUAGGCACUUCCUAAAUUCGCGCGGUAACUGUCAACCCAAACGCAGAACAAAAUAGAUUGCUCAUGCUGUGACAGGUUGUAAAUACCACUUUCAGUGUUUAAAAGGGAAAUGAUUUGUCUGUGUUUUUAUCAAUUGUCAAGUGCAGGACUUUGAUUUUUCUCUGUCUCAGGGAAGCACAGCAGGGAAUGGAUGUAUCAUUAGUCCCUGUUUCAAAUUGACAUCAUGGCUGACAUGUUUCACUGUUGAUUGUUUCCUGUGGAGCAUUUAAAGGGAGUUUCUCAUAAUAAAGGGAUGCAACAUA